CUCGCUCUCUCGGUGGCCGCCAGAGCCGCCAAGAUGGCGUCCGCCCUGGAGCAGUUCGUCAACAGCGUCCGGCAGCUCUCGGCCCAAGGGCAAAUGACGCAGCUUUGCGAACUGAUCAACAAAAGCGGGGAGCUGCUUGCCAAAAACCUUUCUCAUCUGGACACCGUCCUGGGGGCCCUCGAUGUUCAAGAGCACUCGUUGGGGGUUCUUGCUGUUCUGUUUGUGAAGUUUUCUAUGCCCAGCGUCCCCGACUUCGAGACGCUGUUUUCGCAGGUUCAGCUUUUUAUCAGCACGUGUAACGGGGAGCACAUUCGAUACGCGACAGACACUUUUGCUGGGCUGUGUCACCAAUUAACAAACGCCCUGGUGGAGAGGAAGCAGCCUCUGCGAGGGAUCGGAAUUCUCAGGCAAGCCAUCGACAAGAUGCAGAUGAAUACUAACCAGUUGACCUCAAUACAUGCAGAUCUAUGCCAGCUCUGUUUGUUAGCAAAAUGCUUUAAACCUGCCCUCCCGUAUCUAGAUGUGGACAUGAUGGAUAUUUGUAAAGAGAACGGGGCGUACGAUGCAAAGCAUUUUCUCUGUUACUACUACUAUGGCGGAAUGAUAUACACUGGCCUCAAGAACUUUGAAAGAGCACUCUACUUCUAUGAACAGGCUAUAACGACUCCUGCCAUGGCCGUGAGUCACAUUAUGUUGGAAUCCUAUAAAAAAUACAUCCUAGUCUCCUUGAUACUUCUUGGCAAAGUGCAACAGCUGCCGAAAUACACCUCCCAGGUAGUGGGUAGAUUCAUUAAGCCACUCAGCAACGCCUACCACGAAUUAGCACAAGUGUAUGCCACCAAUAAGCCCUCGGAGCUGCGGGCUCUGGUGAACAAGCACAGCGAGACGUUCACCCGAGACAACAACAUGGGCCUGGUGAAGCAAUGCUUGUCCUCGCUCUAUAAAAAGAACAUUCAGAGGCUAACGAAGACAUUUUUAACGCUAUCACUACAAGACAUGGCAAGUCGAGUGCAGCUCUCGGGGCCCCAGGAAGCCGAAAAAUACGUCCUUCACAUGAUAGAAGAUGGUGAAAUCUUUGCUAGUAUUAACCAGAAAGACGGAAUGGUCUGUUUCCACGAUAAUCCAGAGAAAUAUAACAAUCCCGCCAUGCUGCACAACAUCGAUCAAGAGAUGCUGAAAUGUAUAGAGCUUGACGAGAGACUAAAAUCUAUGGAUCAAGAGAUAACUGUGAACCCUCAGUUUGUUCAAAAGAGCAUGGGGUCUCAAGAAGACGAAGCAGGAAGCAAGCCAUCCAGUUAUUCUUGAAAAUCACAUUUUUUGUUUUGUGUUGCCUGCUUGCUGUUCCGUUGCAAACAAACAAAGCUAAAGAAAAUCACCUUUAGGAUCCAAGUGUUACAAAGUAUACAGCAAGCAGAGAAUUGACUGUUUUCACCGGGACUUUGAAAGCAAAGUGUAAAUGACACAUCUUCUCAGUACUGUAUGAUAUCCAGAAAAAAUAUCCUUUGUGAAGAAAGGAAAAAUCUCAUUCUGUUGUGUAUUUAUCUGGAAAUUAACAUCGUCAAUGCAUUAAAUAAUUUGCUUUUUGUUUGA